AUCGGACUUGUCAAAACAAAUAAUUUUCCCGGAUUUAUCGCUGGUCGAGACCCAAGUUGUAAAACAAAACGAUGUUGAUGCAAUAUUUACGUGGAUUUAAGUUACUGUAUCGUGUCAGCCUUCUCUUUCAGGUGAGUAGUUCACCGUCCUACUUGCGGAGAUCCAAAUGCGUAAGUUGUAUGAUACCUACAUUCGUCUUUUGGAGAACAGAUCGUGUGUUUUUCGUACAAUCGCACUGCAUAAGCUUGUGCGUGUGCGGCCACAGGCAGGUCAAAGUUUAGUUCAUUACGGAGUCUUCCUAAUUCAUUAAUUCAAUAUGCUCAAUCACCAAGGAAGUCGCCACAAUUUGGCGCUCCCCUCGUUCUACCACGUAAAAGUGAAAAACGAUACAGAAAGUGGCUGUUUAUUUUUUUUUUUUUUGAUUGACCGGAACUUGUUACACGACCCAUCUCUCUUACAGUAAUCUCUCAGUUAUUCCUCUAAGCCAAUUGCAACUCCUGUACUAUGAUCACAAGAUAACAUUUAUUAGGUGUAUGACUUCCUGUGGUGCCCUUUAUCUUUCUAUCCCUUAGGGGAGGGGACUGGUGGUGUUCACCGGAUUAAAUCGAUAUAUUAAUAUAAAAAUAAUGGAUUCACAGCUUUAAGGGGAAAGUGUGUUUAUUGGAUGACAUCAAUAAAAUGAUAAACCUCACUGUGCAUAGACAAGUAGUACAAUGGACAUGCAUUGUGCAAUAAGUGAAGUGAUAAAAUGGGGCAACAUGAGAAAUUUAGUCUAGGCAUAAUAAUGUCAUCAGAUUGGUCUAACAAUAUUCAGGGGGGUACUUCCUAGUAAUAGUCUCAGGGGUAUGUGCAGCUGGAUUGGGUUGUAUUUUCAUGACUGAAUUGACUAUAAAAGGGUUACAUUUUCCAUAGAGUUACUCAAAUGGGGUCACACAUUUUCCAGCUUUUGGGGAAAAGAAAACUCUAGAAAAUAGGAAUUCAAUUAUGGGAAGACUUGUGGUUUUGUUGUUUUGAUAUAUAAUAAUCAGCUCGCAAUACAAGAUGACCUGUAAGAGGUGUUAUAAGGUAGAUGCACAAACAGGAAUUGACUAAGUUGGGAUCAAAAAAUUACAUUAGCCCAAAACUGACUAUGAUGAGGUCUAUAACUCACCACAGAAGAGACUAUUAGGAAGAGGUUCUGAAUAAUCAGCAAUUGGCCUGAGUAUUCCCCCCCUUUCUUGGAGAAAUAUACGACCUGCAUAAAUAUAAGGGUAAUAGCAAGCCUUUUUAAUCAAUUGAAUAACUUUUAAAAAAUCUGUUUCAUGUUUUUGGUGGGAUGAACCUAUUCUUACCUAACAUAAAAAAAAAACACAGAGAACGUGCCAUUGUCUCUGAGAGUUCCAAUCUUGUUUUGUUCAGUGAACCAUUUUGUGUUUGUUUUAAUUUAUUUUUCUUUAUAGUAUUACUUUCUUAGCUGACUGACCCCUGAGAGUGACCAGCAUUGAAUUUCUCCCUAUAUUAUCACCCUUUAACCAAGUGUAAAGGUCAUGAGAAUAAUGGAAAUUAUCACCAAUGAAAGAAGCUCUUGAUUGUUUAGCACCUUGAUUGUGUGAGCACCUCAGGAAAUUUAUAGAGAACUGCAAUGAGAAUAUGCAUACUGAUAUUGGGGUGUACAGGGUCAAGAGUUUCCUCACCACUCUCUAUAUAAACUUGCAACAUAAUUUUUUUUACUCAGAGAAUUUGACCAUGAUGCUCAUGACAAUGAUUGUGCAGAACAAUUUUUUGUGUCCUUUGUAGCUUGUAGCAACCAACCAAAUGGAACAAGCAGCUAUAAACCCAGACAGCAUUCAGCGUCUUAUAUCAAUGGCUAGACUGGAGACCCCAAGGAUGAGAUCAAGGACAAUGGAAGGUCUUCAGAUUUUUACUUGAAACCUGCUGCCUUAUGUGGAUGACAUCACCAUUAGAAACAGAUCAAGUCAGAGGAUGGCAUAAGAGUAAAAACAAAGGAUGGGCUGAUGAUUAACAGCCAUAAGGUUGGCAAAAUACCUGCCUUGUAAAGAACAAGCAAAUUUUCAAAUGGCUGGGCUUAGGUUGAACCCUUUAGACCCAGUGCUGCAUUUUUUUAUCUCAUUAUCAUCACACUCAGCAAACUUUCAUGAUUUCAAUUUAAUGUAAAGAAAGAAUUUUGAUUUUAGUGAAAAAAUUCUUUCCCUCAGCUGUUUCCAAGAAUCAUAAUUUUUGUCUUAUCUUCCUGCAGAUAUUUCAACAUACUUACUAGAUGAACAAGAAUUCUUAAGCUUUAAAAAGAAGACAUUCAGAAAAACUCAGAUGCCUCUGCUAUACUGUUGUUUUAUAUGAAUUGCCUAAGAUGACAAUUACAAGAGCAUAAAAUGAAAUUUAAAGAAAGUAGUGGUACAAAGUGAGAUAAUGGACAUUUACAUGGAUUUGUCAUUUUUAUUACACACAGAUGUAACAUGGAUAAGACAUUUGA